GCGGAGCGACGGCGGGGCCGUGAGUAGCGGCCGCGGCCUGGCCCGGUGUCAUGGCGGCGGCGGCGGCGCCCAGCCCGCUGCAGCCCGGCGGGCGCGCUCCGGAGAUCGGCGCCGACCCCGCGGCCUCGGAGGUGACGAGCAGCGCUCUGCGCUGCCUGGCUGGGCUGGCGGGGCAGCUUAACCUCGGAGACGAUAUUGUGAAAGUUGUAAUCGAUUGGAGCAAGCUUCAAAGCACAUCAGCACUUCAGCCAACGUUGCUUCUUAGUGCACUUCAGCAGCAUAUUUUAUGUUUGCAGCCUCUUUUAGAAAAACUCCAGUCAUUGAUUAAAGAGGAAAAUAUAGGCAAUGAUGAACCUGCAGGUAAAACAGAAAGCCAAACUUGUGAAACAAGUUUAGAUGUUUAUGAUGAUAACUGUCAGACGGAAGAAAAGUACGCAAGUUAUGACUUAGGAGAUCUGAACAAUGCUCAUGUUAAUUUUGAUCCAGAGGUGGUCCAAAUAAAAGCUGGAAAAGCAGAAAUUGACAGGCGGAUAUCAGCCUUCAUCGAGAGGAAACAAGCUGAGAUCAAUGAAAAUAAUGUCAGGGAAUUUUGCAAUGUUAUUGAUUGUAAUCAAGAAAAUAGCUGUGCCAGAACAGAUGCAAUUUUCACACCCUAUCCUGGAUUUAAAAGUCAUAUAAAGGUUUCUAGGGUAGUAAAUACAUACGGUCCUCAGACUAGAUCUGAAGGAGCACACGGGUCCAGUCACAAAGCCAAUGUACCCAUUCAUGCUUGUGGAAACCAAGCUGUUGAGGAGAGAUUACAAAACAUUGAAGCACACUUACGGUUACAAACAGGUGGUCCUGUACCGAGAGACAUUUAUCAGAGAAUUAAGAAGCUUGAAGAUAAAAUCCUUGAGCUGGAAGGACUGUCUCCUGAAUAUUUUCAAUCUGUAAGCUGUUCUGGCAAGAGGAGAAAGGUUCAACCUCCCCAUCAGAACUAUUCAUUGGCUGAACUUGAUGAAAAGAUCAAUGCUAUAAAACAGGCAUUACUGAGGAAAACAAGAGAAAGCAAGUCCAAGGAGGCUGAGCAGAUUCUUCAUUAAAAAAAAAGUCUUUUCAGAAUCUUCAUCACACUUUUUACAUACCUAAACCAUAGAGCUGAGUUGUGUUGUUUGGAGAUGACUUUAGCAAUGAAAGCAAAGCAUGCAUAUAAGCUCCUUUUGGAUGAUCUUGAAAGCUUUUUUUCAGAAUAACUCAUUUAAAGCCAGUCUUAUUAAUGAAAUAGUUACUUUAAAAUUAAGAAUGUUUUAGGAAUAGCAUUCUAAUAAUCCAUUCCCUUCUGUUAUAAAGGAGGAUUGCAGCAAUAUUUGUACAUGGAAAGUCUUAACCCACAUACAAAAGCUACAUUUCACAUGUAAUUCUUGAUGACUGUGUAUUCAAAAGGGCUAUCUUUUGAAUACUUCUCAUGUAAGUAGUUUGCAUAGACAUGUGAAAUAAAAUUAAGUACUUCCUCAUAAGUAAACUGUCCUAGGGGAAAAAAAAAUUACAAAAAAUCUUUCAGUUUGCAUGCUUACCUGCAUUUUUUUUUUCUGUAUUUGUCACUGUUUUUGCAGCUGUUAAAAAUGCAACAAAUUGCAUUUCUGUUUGAAAGAUGGUUAUGGGAAGUCCUAUAUGUGUAAAGAGGCACAUGUUCUUCAAUUCCUCAGUGUCCUGUAGGAAUUCAAACUUCAUACCCUGCUAACAAACUUAAUAUAGUCUAAAGACCACUUCAGGGGAGUCUUGAGGAACGUGCCAGCAGGCACGAGCUUACCUUCCUUCCUUAUGUGACUUCUGAAGCACAGAUGCUGGGUACAUAGUUUAAAUUAAAGUCCGACCUUUGGCCACACAUGGAAGUGUCAUUUUUGUUUGUUGGUGUGGUGUUUUGUUUUGUUUUUUUUAAUAAACCACUUCUUAUUUA